GCGUCGACGUCUGGCUGCCACGACUUGCCGUCUACGGCGGCGGCGGCGGCGAGCGGAUCCCGCAGGGGUAGGAGGAGGAGGAGGAAGAGCUUAGGGGGCUGUGAGUGAGCGGGAGCAGCGGGGUGUGAGCUGGACCUGCCCGCGGGAGGGAGAACGAGCGAGACCCGAGCCAGCCAUCCGAGCCGCCUCCUCCUCCUCCCCUCGGCGUCCCGCCCCCGCCUGCCAGCCCGCCCUCCUCCCUCCUCAGCAGGCAGAGCCGGAGUGAGGCGCAGUUGGGUUCGCGCCGCCUUCCAGGACAGGUGUGCGCGCGCGCGCCCUCCUCCCUUCCCCCCUGCCUCGCGCCUGCCUAGCGGCUUCCUCGUGCGCACCCUCCCUCCCUCCAGCCCGCGCCCUACCUCACCUGCGGCAGGACAGCGCCCGCCCGCCCGGAUCUCGCGAGAGUGGCUGACUGGCUGUGGGGGUUGCGGCGGCAGCAGGCGGAGCCGGGGAGGGAAAGCAGCGGCGGCUGAGGCGACUGAGGCGGCGGCGGGCGGAGCGGCAGGCGGCGGCGCGGCGGCGGAGCGCAGCAUCAUGGCGGACCGAGACAGCGGCAGCGAGCAGGGUGGUGCGGCGCUGGGCUCGGGCGGCUCCCUGGGGCACCCGGGCUCGGGCUCGGGCUCCGGCGGGGGCGGUGGCGGCGGCGGGGGCGGCGGCGGCAGUGGCGGCGGCGGGGCCCCGGGGGGGCUGCAGCACGAGACGCAGGAGCUGGCCUCCAAGCGGGUGGACAUCCAGAACAAGCGCUUUUACCUGGACGUGAAGCAGAACGCCAAGGGCCGCUUCCUGAAGAUCGCUGAAGUGGGCGCGGGCGGCAACAAGAGCCGCCUCACUCUCUCCAUGUCAGUGGCUGUGGAGUUCCGCGACUACCUGGGCGACUUCAUCGAACACUACGCGCAGCUGGGCCCCAGCCAGCCGCCCGACCUGGCCCAGGCGCAGGACGAGCCGCGCCGGGCGCUCAAGAGUGAGUUCCUGGUGCGCGAAAACCGCAAGUACUACAUGGAUCUCAAGGAGAACCAGCGAGGCCGCUUCCUGCGCAUCCGCCAGACGGUCAACCGGGGGCCCGGCCUGGGCUCCACGCAGGGCCAGACCAUUGCGUUGCCAGCGCAGGGGCUCAUCGAGUUCCGCGAUGCUCUGGCCAAGCUCAUCGACGACUAUGGAGUGGAGGAGGAGCCGGCCGAGCUGCCCGAGGGCACCUCCUUGACUGUGGACAACAAGCGCUUCUUCUUCGAUGUGGGCUCCAACAAGUACGGCGUGUUCAUGCGAGUGAGCGAGGUGAAGCCCACCUACCGCAACUCCAUCACCGUGCCCUACAAGGUGUGGGCCAAGUUCGGACACACCUUCUGCAAGUACUCAGAGGAGAUGAAGAAGAUUCAAGAGAAGCAGAGGGAGAAGCGGGCUGCCUGUGAGCAGCUCCACCAGCAGCAGCAGCAGCAGCAGGAGGAGACCACCUCUGCCACCCUGCUACUGCAGGGUGAGGAAGAAGGGGAAGAAGAUUGAUCGAACUGAAUGGAAAACACACACACACACACACACACAUGCAUCUACACGCACACACAACCACAAACAGAAAAUAUACUGUAAAGAAAGAAAAUAAGUAAAAAAAAAAAAAAGUAAAAAAAAAAGAAAUAACUGUUAACUCCAAGGGAGCACCACCCACAGAACCUCCACCAACUGACAGUUUCUCUUCUUGACUUGCCACCCAUCGCUGGAUGUUGUCCACUUUAUCCACCAUAUAAAACAGUAAGCAGCUGCUAAAAACAAAAAACAAAAAAAAAAUACAAAAAGUAAUAACAUUAUAUGAACUGUGUUUCCUACUUGAUUAAAAAAUAUAAAGAACUGAGUGUUUAUUUCCCUAAUUAACCAAGAACUUUUGUACACGUUUAAGCUAUUAUUAUUAAAAGUGUUUGCAAAAUGGUCAAGAUUAUAAUAUUGCUGAAUUAUAUAAAAGUCCUUUUCAUGUUGAGCUAACAUUUGACUUUAGCACAAAAAAAGAGAUAUUUUAGAACACGUAAAAUAAUAUUUUUAGUUUUUCUCAUUUUGUUACCAAAUUUCAAACCUUACAUGGAGGUUAUUAUAGUAUAUUUGACACCCUAUAUACCUGUGAUUAGAGAUGUGUAUAUAUAUGAGGGCUAGGCAUGCUGUGUGUCUGAGCUUUGUCUAAAUGUUAUGCAGAAGUUUGUAGAGUUAAAGGUACGUAGGUUUAAUUCAUGCAAGGUAAACAAUAAGUGCUCUCUUUUAUACAAUAUGCAUUGCAUCUGGACCUUAAACAUAUAAAAAUGGUCAGUGAAACUUCUGUGAACAUGAAGAAAUUAUUAAAAAAGGCAUUUAAAUGAAAUUUGCUAAGUUGUGAUUUUUACGGUUUGAACCAAAGUUAUUCAAAUAGUAAAAGGAAAAAAAGAAAGAAAGAAAAAGGAAAUCUCCCAUAAUAUUUUUCUGCAUCUGUUUGCUUUGAGUACAUGUUUUGUCAUUAUUAUGUAUAUGAGAUGUACUUGUAUCGUUCAUAAUAUAUUUUUUUUAUUCUGUGUAGAAAGAUUUUAAAAACUUAACUAACGUGCAGCAAUUUCCAGUGAACUUGUACUUGGACAUCAGGUAGUGAGUCCAUUUGUGGUCACUAGCACUGUCUCCUAAACUCAUAAGAGGUCUGAAGCUAUCCUUUGAUUUUUGCCAGUGCUAUUAACUUAUGUAGACCUGUUAAGAAGCAGAGCAACACAAUUAUAGAGUUAUCCUACUGAGCCAUGGAUUCUGAGUUUCAUUUAAGAGUGAAAGCCAAGUUGGUAUAUGUUAAGGAUUUCCGUGUAGCUGUGGUGCUAGUUAUUACUGGCUACAUUAUAUGCUAAAUGUAUUUGUGUUCCCCAAGUGUACAAGCCUUCUAUUAAAAGUAUGUCCUUUAACUCUUACAUUCAAGGUAUAGGGUAUGAAAAUGCAAAGCUUAGGGGGAGCACUUUACUAAGCUGGUGUCCUCCAAACUGAAAUUGUUUGUAACGAUAGUCUUUUACAAGUUUUCAUUUAAGGAUGUUUGUGUGCUUUUUAAUUGACAACUAACUUCUUGCUGCUGUAUAGUAAAAUAUUAAUAUAUUUUUAUCAUUAAACUGCUGCAUGACUAUCAUCUUUGAGUGAAGAGAAAAUGUUAUAACAAAAAAGAUGCCUUAAACAGUACAUUUUGGUUUGGAAUUCUGUAGAAAGUAUUUUGGUAAAAAACAAAGGAUCUUGUCUGACAAAGAGUUCUGGGAGUGGAGUUAUAUCUUGGCAUAUCCUGCAAUGUAGAUCUAACUGCUGUAUGUAGAAGAUAUCAUCUGUAGGAGCUGGAAAAUAUCCGUGCUUCUCACAUUGUAAAGCAUUGGCCUAGGAAGGUGAAACAGUUGUCUUUUUUUAAGGAGUUGUUUUUGUUUUUUUGUGUGUUUUUUUUGUUUUUUUUCUCUGCUGGUUCUUUGAAUUUUGAUUUGAUGUUUUUAAGCUCCUGGUUGAGUGUGUUGUCUUUGUUUUUGAGAUCUACUGUACAUGUUGAAUAACAAGCUAUUUCCAUUGUACUGUGCAUUUUCCCGUUAAAUUGUUUGCUUUUAAUAAUUCAUACUAUGUUAAAUAUGAGGUGACCAUACAAUAGUUAGGAGUUUCUUUACUUACAAAAUCACUGGAAAUGGUUAAAUUGCUUUUCCCUUUCCCCCAAGGUGCAUUUUCUUAUUUCCAUAUAGUAAAGUUGAGCUUUUACAGUGCAUAAUGUGACAUUUGGAAUGCUUAUCAAUUGCAUGUAAACAUUAAUAACCUGCACUUUUUUGUCUUAAGGUUUGUUGAGCUGUUUUGUUCACUGUACUUUUAACUGUGAUAUGGAAAAGACUGCAAUCUCUGUGCUGUUACUAGUUAGGAAAGCGAAUUGCUUUGAUUUUGUCUCUUGUUUACUAUAGCUUCUUAAAGUUAAGCCUUGUACUACAGGUUGUUGGAGUACUCUUAGAUCAGUGUUUCAUAGUAGCCAGCAAUAAGUAGUGCAAGUCAACAAAAACGGAGCAAACUUAGGCAAAGUGUCCUUUCUUUUGAGAUUCAAGUUCCUUCAUGAGGUUUUUCUUUAGGGACAGUUACCUAAAGUGAAGCCUUUCUUACCUAUAGACUUCAGAUUCUGCUUGGAACCUACCAGAUCAAGAAGCACAUGUAUUGUGCAAAUGUAUUUACACUAUAACAGUUGAACACAAUCUUACUAAGAUUUUAAAACCAGUGUCUGAUUUGUGGCAGUGGCUUUAAAAAGAAAUCCACAUGCAGAUCUUUUAAGAUGCAAGAGGCGAUCAUAGAAAAGAGGAAAUGACUGUAACGAUGCUCUUUUUUGCAUCUCACUUUACCUCCCCAAGCACCUCCCAACCUUCCCUUCUCCCCUCUCUUGUUUCAUCUUUUCCCUACGUUUCUCCCCAGGUGCUCGGUACUUUACCAAGAUUCUAUAUCUCAGUGUUUUAUGUUGGAGUUUUUCCUUGUUUUAAUUUUACUAAUUGGUAAACACUGUUUGUGCUGAAAGAAAAAAGGAAAUGGUAUAUUUGACCAUCUGUGUUAUUCAUAGAAGACAGUAUGAUCAAAUGUGCCAAAAACAAGCAAACAAAACUUAAUUCUGGACACGUAUGCCUUAUUUUUAUUGAUCUGCUUUGUCUUACAGUUAAGGUCCAAGAGCUUGGUUAAACUAUAUUACUUGCCUAAGUAUUAAAAAACUUGAAAUGCAUUGCAAUAUUGACAUUCAUUAAAAUGAGAGACACUGUCAAGUAAUUUAAUCCAGAGAUCAGCCACCAGAUUUGAAAUGCUCAUGCGUGUUUGCUGUUGUUUGUUUUUUUUCUUUUAAAUCACCAAAUCUUUUUUUAAGCUACUUUUUAUUUGUGCCUCCUAUUUAUCAUGCUGAUGUUAGAAGCAGCAGUCAUCCAGCCACAGAGGGAGCUAAGGUUAACUAACCAGAACUGUAGAAAUCAUUAUACAUGCCUUUGACAACAAAGGAAGUCCCUAAGAAAAUCCAUGUCGGCUUUUCCUCCACUAUAUACAGAUUGGAGGUAGAUGAAUAUUUGCCAAAUGGAAAAAAAAGACAAUGCUAGUCACGAAAGACAAACUGUUUUCCAGCUUCUCAAAAGCCAUGGAGAGUAGAACCCAAAACCAACAGGGAAACAAAAAACCUUGAAAGUGUCACUUUUUAGUUGUCCCAUGCAGGGGUUGAAAUUUGACUCAAAGUGAAAAGUGUGUAUGUUUUUUAAGUCUUCAUAACUUAGAGAUGGAUAACUAUUCCAGUUUGAUUUUUCAGAUAAUUGAGAAAGCUGCUAGUAAUUUUAGCCCCUGCCUAAAGAAGUCUAAUAUCAUUGGGGAGCAAAUACUUAUUGCCUUGAAAAAUAGCACUGUAAUAGUCUAUGAUGAUUAGUCAUAGAAUAAACUUUAUCCCUUUCAAACUAUGCAAAUUAUUAAGUAAGUGUAAAUUAGGAUUCAAUUAAAGAUAGUUGGUUAUAUUGCAAUCAGAUGGCAUUCACAAACUUAACUGGAGCUUAUACAAAUAAAAUAUAUUAAUCUAAGAGUUUUGUAUGCUAACAGAAAAUAUAAUUUAGCUACCUAUUCUAAAAAUGGUGAAUAUUGCUAAUACUGUAUAAUAGGACUUGGAAGACUGCUUCCUUUUUUGAAGAGAGAGAGAGAUUAAGGAUUUUUAUAAUUGUUUUUCAUCAAAUUUUAAUAUUUUUGUCAAAUUUUUAGGUAUUUAAUUUGUAAAACAGUUUGCUUUGUACUGGCAUACAGAAAAUAGGGUAUUGAUUUUAAACUUUUUGAAGCCAAGUGAUCAAGUACAUUUGUAAUAAAAGUCAAUGGAUCUAUAUCAGUUGUACUCACUGUUUUCAUUUCUUAUUGUUAUUAAUAUGGGGAUACUGUACUUUUUUCUGCAGGAAAACUGAACUAAAUUUGUGUGGAAGGGAGGGGAAAAGAUAAGUAUUUUGAUAAUGAGAAUCCAGGUGGGUGCCUUGGCCAAGCACUUUAUGUCAUCUUUAAGUCAAUUAAGAUUUGGUAGAUUAAAAAAGAUGCAUCUGUCAGUUUUUUUCUUCUUGUUUUCUUAUGGAACUUGAUGUUUGUGACAGUUAUCUCAUUCAUUUUUGUUUCUGUGCAUUAACAUUUUGUGUUUCUGCGUUGUUGAAACUUUCCAAGCUAACACAUUUUCUUUUGUGACAUUUUGGAUUUUCUGCCAGCCAUGGUGACCCCACCAUGGGCAUGACUAUUUUUAUCUUCCACAUGUGGUUCACCCUUUCUUCUACAACAUUCCCUCACAUUUUUUCAUGCUGCUUACACACACACACACAAACACACACACACUUCCAGACAAUUUUAGAAUGAGGCUAUCUGAAAUUGUUGCUUUAGUACCUCUCAUAGUGUCACAAUUCAUUUUAUUUUAUAUGUGGACACGCUUUUAAGAAUUUUUCUCCGUAAAAAGUGAGAUAUCAAAUCUAGUUGCUUUUUUCCUUUUUCAAAGUCUUCAAUAUCAGAAUGAACUCCUGCUUUCUAUGUAAAAGAAUGCUAAAACAAGGGAACUUUAGCAAGUUAGAUUUGGGACAGUUGGUUGUAACUCUUGAGUAUAACAUUUGUAGUUGAUUAUCCCUAAAUUUAAAUAUCUUAAUAAUUUGUAAAUAUAUACACUUCUCCAUGAGAGUGGAAUAAAUAAAAUUUGCUGAAAUUGCUUAAGCAGAUAAAUUCAACAAAGUUAUUUCUACAAAACUGCCUGUUAAAGUUUAUCAAGUUUUAAAUCAUAUGGUAAAAUAUAGUGUUUGUUUUCUUAGUUGCAUGUUAGCUGAAUUAAGCCAUUCAUAAUGAACUGCAUUGUAAAACUACAAUGAUAACUGCUAUUAAAAGUACUCUUUUCACCCAGCAGCAUUAAUUUCUAUACAGUUCUUUGCAGAAUUUGCAAUGUAUUUUUGAGAUUAUCUGAUUUUGGUAGUUGAGGAUUUGUGUGAUCCUAAAACAAGACCUAAGAAUUUAAGGCCUGGGCCACUUGACAGGUUCUUUUUGAACAGAAAUUUCAUUAUUAUGGGUUAAGUGAAGAUCAUCUAUACUAGCAUUAGCAUGAGUGAGGUAGAAUUUCAUGAUGCAAGAACAACCAGGUGAAAAAUGAAAAAUAUGAUUGGUUCCAGGCCAACAGUUUGUCAUCUUUUGUCUACUAAACUACUUAGUUUUGAUGUUGAAUAGUUUAGCCAAGUUAUGUCUUUAGGAAAGUUGAAUAUGGCAAAGGUCACUUGUUAAAACAUUUUUCUUAACAAGAAUUUCAUACCUACUCAUUGUUUUUAUUUUGUCCCCACAUUUUCUGUUUGGUAUUUAUUCUUUUACUUUUUUUCCUGAUUUGCUUUGCUUUUGUGGAAAGUUGUGUUGUUGAUAGAUAGAAACAUGGUGGUGAUCCUCUAAGUAAAAUAAAGUUGCUUAUUAAAGACAGAAAUAUUUUACUCAUUUUGGAAAUGCAAGGUUUUUGCAGUGGUUUCUGAAAACAUACUUUUUUGGGUGAUUAUUAGUAAUUUGCUUAUUAAUUAAAUUUUUGUAGCGUUCCAUGGGAAAAAUUUAAGCUAAAGCAUUCAAUCUAAUUUUCUUGAUUUAGGGUCCACUUUAAUAAUUCAAAAGACCCCCAAGUUCAAGGACCAAGCCAUUAUAUUCUAGAACUGUGGAAAGUAUGGAAAUACUCUUGUUAACAUGUGUUUCAGUCUUAGCUGAAUUAGCAUAGAAAGAUCCUUGGAGGAUUUAAGAAAAGAUGUCCUUAUUAUGAAGCGGCAGUUAGAGCUAUAGGAUGGUUGCCUUACCCACCCAGCUUGACUAGCUCAAACAGUGAUGGCCAUCAGCUAAUGAAUUAUUAGACCCAUUUUGGGAUUGGGUCAAACUCUCAUUCAGCUGAAGUAGACUGGCAAUUUCCAGUGCAGGCCAUUGUUGGUGGCACUUGACCUACUUCCCUCCCAUAUACAUCUGGCAUUUUCUCUCUUACUCUCCUUUUUCCUUGUUUCUCCUUUUCUUCUUUAUUCCUCUCCUUGCUAUAGGCCUGAUAUAGCACUUAAGCUUACCCCCUUCAGAGGGAAGUAAAGAAAUUGUGGACUCCUGCCUUAAAACAUAGCUAACUGAUGAUCCAGAAAGAUUUCUGUAUUAUGAGGUUAUUGGGUAGUUUUUUUUCUGACUGCUGUUUUCCCAGUAGACUAAAAUUGACAAUUUGCAGGGCAUUGAAAAUAAUGUUUGUUAAGAAAUUUGUGAAUUGAAGAGAGUUAGAAGUAUGUGUAUUUUAGAAAAGUUACUGGGAGCUGAGACUUAUGGUUUGGAAAUUGAGAGCAAGGAAGGGAAAGCUGUUUAAUGUGUUUGCUAAUGGGAAUGUGAGAGGUAUAUAAGAGCAUGGUUUGGAGGUAAAGUGGGAGUAAUUUUUAUUGGAGGUAGGAAAGGUACUAAGGUGGAGUUUGAAUGAGAGUUGUUUGCUAAGAAUUAUGAAGUUGAUUUUCACUAAGGAAAUUUCAGUAAUGUCAGAAAAUGGGUUCUUCCUUGGUUAUGAAAGAGCUGUUGGUCUCUAGCUAGAUGUUACGAUGAUAAUGCAUUAUACAAAUCUGUUUUCAUGUGUAGGAUGUUUGCUUUUCUGGGACAAAUUAGCACAAUUGUGGAAUGGCAACUUUUCUGGUCAAGGCAUGUUGGCGCUGGGACUUAUUUUGAGGAAAAGAAGACAAGAACAUUUCAAACUUUUUCACAGUUAUCAAUUUUAAACUAUAACAAUAUCUGUAGUACAGAAGAUCUUCUUGUGCUCAUGUUUCAAUGUAGUUUACCUUUACUUUUCAAAUGAUUCUUAGAUUGAAUUACUUGAUUUUGCAGUCCACAAAGAUCCUUAUGCCUUGCUUUUAUAGACUCUUGAGCCUUUGGUCCACAUAAAUUUCUUAGAGCAAGAUGAUAAAUCAGGUAAAAAUACUAAAUUGCAAUUUUAGAUAUCUUUUCAAUAUCUUUUGCAAUCCUAGCUGCCAUUUAACAUUGAACCAUAUGGGGCCCUCAAUAAUUCUGUAUUUCUGAAAUUAGACAGCAUACCCCCCAUGGUUCUGUUUGUUUUCCUGCUUUGUCUGUUACUUUAAAAGCACAGAAUUCCCAAGAGUUCAGUGGUAGCAGAUGUUAAUAAUAUAAUAUGAUUUAGUACAUUUUGGAGGUUCUUAGUCCCUUUAUAGGGUGAACUGAUAUUGUUUAGUUUUCUGCUCCCAUUAUCUCAGUAAUAUUUUAAAUUCUUCAAAAUAAAGAAUUUCUAUAGUAUUUGUUUUUAAAGCUAUAUGAUUCAAGUAUAUUUGGAUUAACUUUGUUUUUCAGUUUAGUAUAGAUUUAGUCCCACUGACUUUUGACCAAUUACUUUCAAGUUUCAUUUACCAAAACUCUAUACUUCAAUAAUAAAAUCUCUUUAAAGACAGCCAAAAGAGAGGUUCUGAUUUUGUACUAGGAGGGUAAUUUUUUAAAAACAAAUAUAAAGAUAGUUCAUUAACAGAAUUUUUGUUACAGCUUAUUUUGUAGACUUGGCAGUUAGUAUGAUUUUCAAAUUUUACUGUGUAUUAGAUUUUAAAUUAUAAUAUAUUGCAUAUUAUAUAUUGUUUAAGACAGUGCAGAGCCUUCUUAAAUAACGCCUCCCUUAGGAAUCCUUUAAAAAGAAGUGAAUUCCCAAAACUUUAUCAUGAACCAGUGAUUUAAAUGACUGUAAGAGUAGUCUUUGAAAGGCUUCCUUGAGUCUAGUCAAUGGAGAUAAAUGAUAGCCCAUUUCCAUGCUGCAUACAGUUGUUAGGGUUUAUAAAGUUGUCAAUGUGUCAAAGUGCAAAAAAGCAGGAAAGACUAUGUAAAGUUGCCUAUAAAUUUUCUAGUUUUAAUUAUUUGCACUAUUUAUCUUUGCACUUGAUUUUUUGAAAGUUGACUAGUCACUUUCACUUUUGUUUCUAGUCUUCUAAUAUAUUACAGAAUUAUGUUUUCAAUAUCCCACCCAAAGCAAAACUUAUAUGCAAUUAAACAUACUUUAUAAGGCCAAGAAAAUAUAUCUUAGUGUUAGAUAUGUAAAGCAAAAAUGUGUUUUGAUAAAAUUUUUAAUGCGGGCCUUUAUUUGCCAACAAAAUCCUUUGUAAAUGUGAGUUUUAUUAAACUGUUUGACUAUACAAAGUGAAAGUUUAGGAUAGGAAGAAAAUAUGUAUGAAAUGCUGUCUUUUUUGCUAUCCAAAUUCCAGCCUGAGGUGGCCUGGUUUUGGAGUGUUGAAUUUUUUUUUUCAGUGAAGUGAAUGAGAUCUGAGUCUAGCUGGGUGCUUAAAAAGCUGAAAGUGAAGUCGGUGGCAUGUGGCAGCUCCCUCUUUAAUGUAGUUUUCUGUAAUGGUUAUAUGGUUUUCUCACAGUCUGUGAUAUAACUGGUAUUAAAUAUUUAUAUUAGAUUCCUUUUUUGGAAUUCAGGGUUGACAUAAUUUUUGAGGGGGGAGGGUGGCAAGGGGUAAAAAGACUUUAUUUUAACCAGAGACAUUCUUAUAACCUCAAAGAAAUGCUAUAGAAAGAAAAGGAGAACAAAAAGUAAAGUAUACCUGUAAACAUAUUUUUAGUCUUGGUGAGAUUGUGCAACACAGUUUGUGUUGAAAAUUGCAAAAAAAAAAAAAAAAAAAAAAAAA